GAUGAACAGACACCCCUGCAUCUGUCAGCCCUCACAGGAAGCCUCGAGAUGGUCACUCUUCUCCUCAGCGCUGGGGCCGAUCCAAACCUCACAACUCGUGACGCCUACACUGCCCUGCAUAUUGCCGCUAAAGACGGUCGUUUGGACAUUGUGCAGGCCCUCCUUGAAGCUGGUGCUGACCCGGAUGCAAGAACCAGGGUGGGUGAUUGAAACUGUAUGCCUCUAG